GUUGUGUCAGUUUCGAACAGUGUUUGUUUUGUCAUUCUCCCUCAACAACAAUGCCCGUCAAGUGGGUUUUACAUUGGCAACCAAACCAAGGAUCAACAGUAAGCAGCCAAAUCCUAAACGAAGCAACACAAUGUGUAGAGAGCAUCAAUGGUGUGAAAGAAGGAAGAUGGAAAGCAACACUCAACUAUUACAAACCCAUGUUAAAAGACCAAGCGAAUCAAUUGGAGUUUCCUCGUGAUUUUCUAGGGAUUUCACUUGCGGAUCAGCCGAAUAAGUACUAUUUCAUUAUCAGGACGCAGAGGAUUGUCUUGGAAGCUGAUUCUUCGAUUCAGUUGAUUAUGGAGAAGCUUCAGUCUUAUAAAUCUAAAGUGGCUCUUUACUUUGAUGGGUUUCAGUAUCAGCUUGGUGAUUUUAGGUUGAGAGUUGGUAAAGUUGUUCCUACUCAUUCUGAGAAUGUUAGAGGCAUUGUCAUGGAGGUGGAGUAUCUUCCUAUAUCAUCAAUGGAAAAGGCACAAAAGGUGAUGGAGGAGUUCUUGGAGAUAUGGAAUGAAGCUCUGGCUAAAAGGUCGUUGCCGGGUAAGUUUGUGAACAUAGAUCUCAACUUUGGGGAGUUUGGACUUGGAGACAUCUACACUCCACAACACACAGCUGUUCGUUACGCUCUCGUGAUGGCUCACAUGAUUGCUACCGUUCAAGCUGUGAGAGGCUAAACCAAAACAUAACUUAGUAUUUCUAGGUAAAAUUAUGUGCUUUGCAAUAUUAGUGAUUUCUUUCUUUGGUCAUGUUUAUCUAUAAGAAGCAUUGAGAAAAAAUGAACUUAUAAAAGACUUUGAUAGAACAAGUUGCAAACUCCAGAAAAAACUUGAGAUUAUAGCAGAUUGUGAUUUGAAUUUCGAUUAAUUGUGUAACUCAUUCGCAUAUUUUUUCAUUUAAACAUG